AUGCCAUUUAACAGGCGCCGGCGCCAUGCGUCGGCGGACGAUGAGGCUCGCGAAGGGCUUCUUCAACCGGCAGACAACUACCACGAUCACCCUGUCGAAGACGACAGCAUCGAUAUCAUGGCGUCCCACGAUGUGAAACCCCCAUGGCAGAGAGUGAAGAGUCGCUUGGUGUGGUUCCAGAAGCAAGAGACCACACCGUUGGAGCGUGAUCUGGUUCGCCGGCUCGACCUGUUUCUCAUGUCCUAUGGUUGCAUCUCCCAAGUUAUCAAGUAUCUCGAUCAGACCAACAUCAGUUCCGCUUACGUAUCCGGCAUGAAAGAGGACCUCGGCCUGUACGGGAACGAAUUGAACUACUUCUCCACGUUCUUCAACGUGUCAUACUGUCUCAUGCUCAUUCCGUCACAAGUCAUCUUGACCUAUGUCCGGCCGAGUUACUGGCUACCUGGACUGGAGAUUGGAUGGGGGGUCAUCACAGGUCUAAUAGCCUUGGCCCAGAACGCAAAGCAUGUCUACGUACUGCGAGUGUUUCUGGGGUUGUUCGAGAGCAGCGCGUGGCCUGGAAUGAUGACUCUGUUCAUGUAUUGGUACACGCCCACUGAGCUUGCCAAACGAAUGGCCAUUUAUCAUUCGUGCCAAGCCAUUGGCUACAUGAUGUCUGGUGCUCUUCAGGUCGCCCUGUUGGAGACGAUGAACGGAACGCAUGGGCUUCCGGGUUGGCGCUGGCUUUUUGUCAUCAACGCCAUCAUGACCGUCUGCGUAGGACUAGCUGGCUUCUUCAUGUUGCCUGACUACCCGAAUAUGCCUAAUCCUCGGGCUUUCUGGUUCAAUAGCGACCACGCGCGUGCCGCAAACGAGAGAUUGGAACGCCAUGGACGCGCCGAAGCGAAGCGUAUCACAUGGGCCAGCGCAAAGCGGACUACGAGGAUGUGGGUUGCGUAUUUUGUCCCGAUAUUGUACAUGGCCACCGUCCUGGCCAGUUAUGGUUAUAACUACUUUAAUCUCUUCUUAAAGAGCCUCAAGAAUGCGGAUGGCACACCGGUUUGGUCAACAUCAAAGGUCAACGCUAUCCCAAUAGCUGGUGGCGGGAUCAAUGUUUUCUUUGUCUGGGUAUGGGCCAUACUAUCUGAUCUCUUUCAAACGAGAUGGACCUUGAUUAUUGCACAAGCGGUCAUUGGGCUUCUGCCGGCCAUCAUCAUGAGCAUAUGGACAAGACAUCCCAAUUCGACGCCCAUCUCGGCUGCCUAUGCCAGUUACUUCAUGUCCUACCUGUGUCUGGGAACGGCGCCUCUGAUUAUGUCGUGGCUCUCUGAUCUCUUACCUCAGGAUCCGGAAGCCCGAACUCUCAUCCUGGGCUAUGCAAUCGCCGGCGUGUAUGCGAUUCUUGCAUGGUCGCAGGUACUGGUUUGGCCCGCAUCUCAAGCACCUUAUUACAAGUAUGCCUGGCAGAGUUGUAUUGCGCUCUGGGCCCUAGUCUUAAUCAUGACCUGUCUCCUUCACUUUGUCGACAUCAGAUAUCUGCUACCCCGGAGACUCGCGGCGUAUCCGGCCGUGAUCGAUGGCGCGAAGCAAGACGACGACGAACAGGUGGAGCCCGACAGGCCAAUCGAGCCGGAGAGUGACCGAGUCGAGCGCACGAAUCCAAAGAGGACUGAGGUGGAGGCCAUCGCGUAG